AUGCUAACUCGUGCACGAUCAAUAUUUUCUCGUAUAUUUUCAUCUGAUCCAACACCUUCAUCGCAAAUACGUUUUGGUGAAACAUUCGACACUAUCAAUGAUAGUUCAAGUAAUGACAAUAAUUCUGAUGAUAAUAAUAUUAAUUAUAAUCUUGAAUGUUCAAUAAAUAAUAAUAAUAAUGAUAAUGAAUCAUUAACGAAAGAAAAUAAUAAACGACAAACCAAUGAAUAUGUAAAUAAUAAUUCAAUUCAAACAAAAUCUAAUGUUCAUUAUAUACAAUCACAUGAAAAAAGUAAACAAAAUCGUUUGAUUAAUUCAAUGCAAAUAGCAACAUCACGUUGUAACAUUGAAUCAAUGAAACGUUUAUUAAAUAAUUUUGAUAUUGAUAUUAAUCACCGUGAUCAAUAUGGUAUGAGCUAUGUCGAACAUGCUAUACUUAUGAGUAAUUUUGAUAUGAUUGAUUUACUUGUCAGAUACGGUUGUGAUUUACAUCAAGGUAAUUCUACUGGUCAUUCUUAUUUAUAUGUAGCUAUUGAAAUCACAACAAAUAAAUCACUUGAAAUAAUUCGUCUUCUACUAGAAUCAAAUUGUUCAUGUUUACGUUCAUUAGAUAUUAUCUCAUUAACAUCACCAACACAAAUUAAUUAUAUAAAUUCACAAGAUUUUAUUUUACUUAAUACACAUUUACUUCUUAUUUUUAAAUAUCAUAUACGUCGUAUGGUAUUAACUGAUCUUUUAAAUUUAUUAAGUUAUUUAAUUCUAACAAAUUUAUUAGUUUGUAAAAAUGAUGAAUAUUAUGGAUUGGAUUCAACUAGUAAGACAACAUUAAAUCAAUUUAAUAAUGAUUAUAUAUCAUUAUUUAUUAAAACACUCGGUAUGAGACAUAUAUCAAAAUUAGAAUAUAAAAUUCAAAAUUUACAAACAUUAUCUAUAUCAUCAAUGAUUCCAUUAACAAAUGAUGAUAUUCAACCAUCUUUAAAUCAAAUAGAAAAUUUAACAAAACAUGUAUUUGAAUUAAAACAUCUAUGUCGAUUUUUAAUUCGACAACAUUUAAAAAAUCUCAAAGCAUCAACUAUUGCAACACUUGCUCCAACAACUAAAUUACAAGAUUAUUUGUUAUAUACACCAAUUUAA